AUUGGUGCAGAGUCGCAAGAUGCUCUGGAUCGCGUCAUACUGCUCAAGAAGCCCAAGGGCGACGAGACGGGCGGCGCUGGCAUCGAUGAUGGUGAGUUCGACGACCGCAACGGGCUGGGUGACAUUAUCAACGCGGGCUUCAAUUCUCUCCGGCGGCCAGCCAGGCGGCUCGAGAACGAUAGGGGCGAGGUCGCCAAGAAGCCUUUGCUGGGCAAGUCUGCGCUAGGAGGGGCCAGCAGCGACGCCUCGGACCCCCCGGAAUACGUCGACGUCAGCCCGGAACGAAGUGGUGGCAGCGACGACAGCUGGGGCGAUGACGCCAUGGCGAUCGCCCCGAAGAAACCAGAUCACAAGGUGGGGGCGACUCUGGCGGAGAUGGCGGUUGCCCACUUGCUGGCGAAGGGCUCGAUGUCGCUAUUGGAGGGCCACCUGGCGGAGAUGGAGGCCCCCCCCCCCCAGGUGUUGCGGCGGCGCCUCCAGGUGGAAGGGGGAGACGCAGAAGCGCCUGCAGCUGGAGCGGGGGCGCCUCCCGCCGCAGCGCUGGCGCCUUCAGGCGAGUGGAAGUGCGUCUCAUUGGAGGGCCUGGGCGAGCUCGUCUACGACGCGACCAGGGGCAGGCUUAACGCCAAUUGCAAGCACAAGGGGCAUUGCAAGCCUAAGUGCGCGAACUGCCACGUGGAUCGGGCCACCAGGGUCGAGGGUCGCAAGCCGCGCAAGGGAGAA